AUGUUGCGGGAAUCAGAUAUAGAUUCCUUGAAUAACCAUCUUGCAUCCUUGUCCGUGGAAAACAAAAAGCACAAUGAGAAUCUUCAGCAUCUACUUGAUCAGUUCCAAAGCCUUCUUGCGGACUACAGCUCCCUGCAAAGUGACUAUGAAGAAGUGAAGGAAGGCCGUGAGAAAUACAAACGACAGGCUCGCGGUCAGGAACGCAAUCCUUUCGUACUGGUUCUUGUUGAUGGAGAUGGCUACCUGUUCAAGGAGCACUUUUUGAAGGCUGGAAGUGAAGGUGGCAUUGAUGCCGCCCGCGAGCUGAGCGACUCAGUGAAAGAACUGAUGCACUCCACUAUGGGGUCGCAAGCAGACAAUUGUCGUAUCAUGGUCCGCGUCUACGCCAAUAUGCUAGGACUGUCCAAGGUUCUUGCCCGCGCUGGAUUCGUGGGCCAUGAAGCACGCUCCAUUGCGCCUUUUGUAUCUGGGUUCAACCGUGCAGAGGGCCUUUUCGAUUUUGUUGAUGCCGCUGACAAGAAAGAAGGCAGCGAUUUCAAGAUCAGAGAGAUGUUCCGUAUGUUCGUGGAUUUCAACCAAUGUCGGCAUAUAUAUUUUGCUGGAUGCCAUGACACGGGUUUUAACUCGCUAUUGACUCCUCAUCGCGGUAGUGACAAGAUCACUCUGAUCAAAGCCGCUUCCUGGCAUCGUGAUUUUGAAAAUUACGGCCUCCCGAUCAAAGAGUUGCCGUCGGUAUUCAUGUCUGCCUCAUUAUCUACUAGCGUCAAACCGACUGGCCCCCUCAGCGUGAAGACCGCCAAUACCAUCAAUGGCGCUAAUGGUCACAACACCAAUACCAAUACCUACAGCUCUAAGCCAGUGUGCAAGCACUUUCAAAAGGGAAUUUGCAGAUUCGGUAACACGUGCAUCAAGCAACACAUCAUGCCGGAACAAGAACUGUCUAAACCAACGCUCGAAUCUCCUAAGAAACUGUGGACUACUCCAACCAUCGGUAAAGAAUCGCAAGACCUUAUUCCCAUCAAUAAGGACGGGGAUCGGCUCGACGUUUACUGCCCUCAUCCCUCGGCGGAUGCUAUGGACCGUUAUCAUCGCCGGGCCAAGGAGUCGAAGGUCUGCAACAGCUACCACUUAUCCGGAGAGUGUGGUGACAUGAGUUGCCCGUAUGACCACGGCGAUGUUUCCGACACUAUAAUUGAUGUCCUAAAAUACCUCUCUCUCUCCAGUACCCAUGUUCUAGAGGCGGAGCUUCCGAACUGCAAGGCCGUCAAGAGCUGGCAGUGCCGCUUUAACCACCGCGCGCAUACCCUAGAUCUCCAUACUGAGAAGUGGGUUGCGUCUGUUGAGCAAACCAAUGACGAGAACUCGCGGUCGCCAUCGAUCAGCGACGAGUCUGUUGGAGACACGUCCUCCCAGAGCUUCAACUACCUCUAG